AGGUCGAACCCGGUCGCUCGCCCUCCGAGCCAGAAUAAAGAGCAUCUCCUCCGCUCCGCCGCUCCGGAGCGACCCGGAGACAACAGACAGAGGCAAACGAGGUGUGGUCGGAUUGUGUCACGUCUGCGUUUGAGGGAUAUUGCAAAGGUGCAAGCAUGAGAAAGGUCCAUCUGUUGUCCUGCGCGGUCCUGCUGUGCGCAGCGCGCGGGCGGGCGACGAACUCCAGCGUGUCGCCGCGGCCCGACUCCCGGGCGCCUCCUGUCGGCGACGGCGCGUCGGUGCGGAGGAAACGGUUCAUCGGUCCGAGCGACGCGGUGGCCAUCCUGGACUAUCACAACCAAGUCAGGGCAAACGUCUUCCCGCCCGCCGCAAACAUGGAGCACAUGCUAUGGGACAAUGAUUUGGCGAGGACGGCUGAAGUCUGGGCUGCUAAAUGUAUAUGGGAACAUGGACCAGCUCACCUGCUGCAGUUCUACGGCCAGAACCUGUCUUUCAGGACAGGGGGGUAUCAGUCAAUCCUGCAGCUGGUCAAACCCUGGUAUGAUGAGGUCAAUGACUUUGUGUUUCCCUACCCUCAUUUCUGCGAUCCCAGCUGCCCUCUGGUCUGCUACGGACCCAUGUGUACACACUACACACAGAUGGUGUGGGCAUCCACCAACAGAGUGGGCUGUGCAGUGCAGACUUGCUACAACAUGUUUGUGUGGGGAGUUCUGUGGAGAGAAGCCACCUUCCUCGUCUGCAACUACUCACCUAAAGGAAACUGGAUCGGAGAGGCUCCGUACAGAGUGGGGAUUCCAUGUUCAGCAUGUCCAUCCAGCUACGCCGGCACCUGCAACAACAAUAUGUGCUUUCCAGCUGUGCAGUCCAACUACAUGUACUGGUUCAAGUAAACAGUGAAGAAACUGCUGUUUGUGGUUGGGAAACGAUGUGGUAUACUGCCUGUAACUGGAUGACAACAUGUGCUAAUUAUUGUUCAUUCAACCGACAGAUCUCUAAUGAAAAAGACAUUCAAAAUGGAUAUCAAAAUGUAGUGCAUUACAUUUUUCAACGCAUGUUACAUUGGUAGCAUUCAAAUUGACUGUGUAAACCAUCUGGAUCAGUAAUGGAACUAUAUUUACACAUCUUUUUAUUGGCAGAUUGUUUUUUGCCCUAGUUUUCAGACAUACAUUUGACACAUUUGAAGUUUUUUUUACAUUGCUUUUAAAGAGAAAAGGUUCACAUUAUCUGGACCACUUUCUUUGUAUGUUUCAAUACCAUAUACACAUGUACUGUAUACAAUAAAUAAAUGUUGCUAUUUGUAUGAUUCGCUGUAACUGAACGACAGUUUACAUUGUUACUAACCACUACUGUAUACACUUAACUCCUGGUAUCAAUAGCAGCUCAGUUAUUGGUACAACAAGUCUUGAAGUUAUAUAAGAAAAUGAAAAAUGUAGCAUAGAUGGAACCACCCUAAUGUACUCAGAUUUGAAAGUGUACUAAAGUUUGUGUGUAUGUACAUAAACACAUUACUGUAACUACAUUAGUGUAACUGUAUAGAAGCAUGCAUGCAUGUUUUAUUACUUUGAUUAAUAUAUGCACGUUUUAUUACUUUGAUUUUUACCUUCAUAUUCUGUUUUGAAAUCUGUGUUUUGUGAGGAU